AUCCCGGAUGCCUGCUCCAGCGUCACCGCCCUUGCCAGCUCCAGGAAGCCCUCCUUUCUGCCAGAGUGAGCAGCUGAGGCGAUUUCCCUCUUCCAGGUUUCCUGCUUGACCGCAGUGGUUCCAUUUUGUUUGAGGUCCUUCCUUGUGCUAAGGCUUACAUUCAGGUCUCUGUCAGAGCUGAGUCCCUGUUAGCGCUCAUUGGCCUGCCGCCUCCUUCCCUAGAGCACAGGUCCCCUCUUCUCUGUCACUAAGAGGGUGCUCCUGGUCAAGAGCUGGUCGUCCUCUUCCACAGGAAUGCCAUCCUUGGAAGCUAGAAGCUCCAGCUCGCCGAAGUAGUUGAGAUAAUGACCCUCACAGAACUGUGGGCUCCUUGAAGCCUGAGUGAAGAAUUCCUCUUAAAGACCGUUUUUACAGAACAAGGUUGGUCCUCUUGAAGUUCUCCCAAAAAAGAGAUUCCGCACGUUUUCAUGACGAUCUAACAAUUCCCGCCCAGUGGGAACGUUCUUCCUAAUUUCUCAUCUAGAGCAGCUUUACCUUCCAGGUCCUGUAGCCAACCCUCUGAUCAUUUUCCUGGCUGACCUGCAACGCUCCCCAGCUGCCUACCUUAACCAGGUGUGAUACAUAGAAGCUUGACUCCAUCCAGGAGAGAGAGGCCACCUGAAGAGAGCCAGCCCCUGGAUGAUGUGACAACGAAGGGAGAGAGAGGAGUACAGCUACCCCGCAGGCACCCCGGGUUCUUGUUCACACCAGUCCUUCCAUGCUGUCUUCAAGCCCUCCUUCCUGCACAUCUCCCAACCCUGAUGGAGAGAACCCAAAUAAGAAGGUCCAGUGGACUUCUGGGAGGAGGAGGACGUCAUCCACAGGCUCAGAGUCAAAGUCCCACCCCGACUCCUCCAAAGUACCCAGGUCCCGGAGACCCAGCCGGCUGACGGUGAAGUAUGACCGGGGCCAGCUCCAGCGCUGGCUGGAGAUGGAGCUGUGGGUGGACGCGCAGGUUCAGGAGCUCUUCCAGGGUCAACCAACUCCUCCUGAGUCCGAGAUUGACCUGGAGGCUCUCAUGGAACUAUCCACAGAGGAACAGAAGACUCACUUGGAGGCCCUUCUCCAGAACUGCCCCCGCCCCACAGAGCCUUUUAUCUCUGAGUUGCUCAGUCAACUCAAGAAAUUCCGGAGACUCAGUCGGCCUCAGAAAUAAGCCUUGUGAGACUACCUUCAGCAGCCUUAGCACUGCCAGGCCUGCCCUGAACCUCAGAA